AUGGAGUAUACACGCCUUGGCAACACCGGUCUCAAGAUCUCCAAGAUCAUUCUUGGAUGCAUGACCUUUGGCUCGAGCAACUGGGAGAGCUCACCAUGGACGCUGGACGAGGAGCAGGGACUGGAACUGCUCAAGGCUGCGUAUGACAGCGGCAUCAACACAUGGGACACGGCCGACACUUACUCAAACGGCAAGUCAGAAGUCAUCGUGGGCAAGGCACUCAAGAAGUUCAACAUUCCCCGGCAAAAGGUGGUCAUCUUGUCCAAGAUAUUCAACCCUGUCAUGGAUGACGACUCCAGGCCGCCCAGCGUCAACGAUGGGCCUUUGGUUAACCAGAUGGGCUUGAGCCGGAAGCACGUCUUCCACGCUGUGGAUAAGUGCCUGGAGAGGCUUGGCACAGACUAUAUUGACGUGCUCCAGAUCCAUCGUCUGGACCGUGAGACCCCGCCUGAGGAGAUCAUGAGAGCCCUGCACGACGUGGUCCAGUCUGGCAAGGUCCGCUACAUCGGCGCCUCAUCUAUGUACACGUGGGAAUUUGCACGCCUGCAGUACAUCGCCCGCUCCAACGGGUGGACCGAGUUUGUCUCCAUGCAGCCCUUCUAUAAUCUCCUAUACCGCGAAGAGGAACGCGAGAUGCUCCCCUUCUGCCAAGCCACCGGAGUCGGUGUCAUUCCCUGGAGCCCCAUCGCAAGAGGUCUCCUCGCCAAGCCCCUUCCCUCAGAAGGCAACACCGAAGGCCAGUCCCUGCGCAGCCAGAUGGACAAGAAGAAGGACGCGUGGUUCGCUGAUGCCAACUUGGAGAUUGUGAAUCGCGUGCAAAAGGUGGCAGCUGAUAAAGGAGUCAGCAUGGCCCUCGUCGCGACGGCCUGGGUGUUGCAGAAGGGUUGCUGGCCCAUUUUGGGGCUGAACUCGGAGAAACGAGUCAAGGAGGCUGUAGAUGCGCUGAAGAUUCAGUUCACGGCCGAGGAGCUGGAGUAUCUUGAGAGCGAGUACCGACCGAGGAACAUUCAAGGCAUGUAG